AUGUCUCAUCCGAAAACCCCGCCCGCAUCUCAGCACUCCUUAUCAUCUGAGGGCAGACAGUCCCGAGUAUCUGUGGUCAAGGAGGAGACGAGAGGACUUCCUGAACUCAGGGAGAAAAAAAGUAUGGUGGAUCAUUCCAAACCCUUUCCUACUUCCCUUCGGAAUGAGUCCAUCCCUGAGGAAGUUCUGCUUUCUCUGACAUAUGCAGCCAAUGCUGGUCCCUGUCCUGAAUAUUUACUGCCUCCUAAGAAAACUAAAACCCCAAAGGGUACUCUUCCGCGCCCUGUAGACCAUGUCUGGCAGCACCCUAUUCGAAGGAAUAAAUUCAAAUACCUGAUUGACCAUCCUGUCUCCCUAACAGGAGCCGCAAGGGACAUUUCUUUUCUGUAUGACAUUAAGCGUGUAAAAGGAGGGAUUAGAGAGAACGUACUUUGUCCUCCACGUUUGGACCGUUCAUUAGAGUCACAUGGUAGUGCCAUUGUGCCUCAUAAGCCAAAGACAUUAACAGAUACUUUGAUUCCUGAAGAAUUUCAUAUCGUGUCAAGUACAGGAGUUUCAGGUUUGGAGUGCUAUGACGACAAAUAUACUACUCUCCUCACAGAUAGUGAAAACAGGCUAUUGCUCUUCCCAUCCAUGAAACCUAAUAAAAGAGUAGAAGUGGUCCAGCUGAAUGAUGUGAUGGAUGUUAUGCUGGAGAGGGCUUGUGUAGAAAAUCAGGAAUAUAGAGGACCCACCAAGAUGCACCAGCUACUACAUAUUCUGAAGAAGGAGCAGACAAUUUACAAUACAGUCUUUCAUGAACUUAUUCGACAGGUCAGUGUGGACUGUGCAGAUAGAGGAGAACUGCUGUCCAAAAUCAGAGAGAGGUAUGUGGAAAUGCUGGACCAGAUUGCCCAGCAGAUGAUUGACUUCUACAAAGACUUGGUGACUCAGCGAAUGAUGGACCAGCGCAUUUUAGAGGAAUUGUAUAAUUUCAAGAAUGUUAUUGAAGAAUUGACUAGGGAACUGUGUAUGGUUCGGGCACAUGAUAUGAAAUUAACACAGGAAGCAGAGAAAGCUCACAAAGAUUUGGCACAAGCUCUUUUAGAUGCUGAAAAGAAUGCCAAAAUGGUAGAAGAAUACCAUGAGUUAUAUACAUUACAGAGAGGAAGGAUGGAGAAUGAUAUUAAACAGUUAAUGGAAGAAAGAGAUAUAUGGAGCUCAGCUACAUACGAAUUGGCCCUGAAGGUAAUUCAAAGAAAUAGAGUCAUUUUGGCUAAAAGACUCUACCUCAAUGAAAAAGGCUGGAAUAAAUACACGAAACAUUUCAUCAUAUUGCUGUCAACCAAGGACACUGCAGACCUUGCAUUGUUACAGAAGUUGACACAUAAAUGGAAAAACUCAGUGAACAAAUUUAAAAUGGACAUAGAACGAACUGAAGAGUCUACAAGGGAGACAUUGCAGAUAAUUAAAGAUGGCCUCACCAAAUGGCAGCAGUUCUUCAUAAAUAAUGAAAAAGACAUUUUAUCCUCUAAUAAAGGAAAUACAUGCAGUUUAGUUCUUUCAGAGUUCAGACAAUGGCAAAGGAUGCUGGCUGAACAGAAGGAAAAGUAUAGUGGGGAUUUUCUACUGUCAAAACAUGAUACUCUCAAGAUUAUUAAACAUUUACAGGAAAACUGGGUGAAUAUUGGAUUUGGAAUUUUUAGUCGCCAUAAAAAUAUGGAGGGGAAGAUGCCCCCAGAGCGACAGGACAUGGAGGAAAUCGUGAAAAGGAUAGGAAGACUCUACAAAGAAUAUGAAAUAAGAAUAAGUGGGGAUAAUGGCACCUCUAAAAUGCUUCCAAAUUUGACUGGUUCUCUUGACUUCUGUUGUUUCAAGUUGGAAAACAUGGAGUCUUUUGAUUUGUUUCUUGAAGAAUGGGAGGGAGUUAAUAAAAAAAUUGAUGAAGUGAAAUCUCGAUUGGAUUCAUUGGCAAACAUUAUUGGCACUGUUCCACAGUAUUUGGAUGUGGAUUCUGGCCCGCUAUUCCAAGCACACAUAUUUAACAUGAUUCAACAAUGGCUUUUGAAGACAGACAAUGAAAUUAACAAUGGAAACAUUGAGCUUCAGCGCCACAUGGAUGAGUUGCACAUAUCUAUGGUCCAAUGGAUGGUAAAUAUGCUGAUUAUAAUGGUUCCUGACUAUAUUGAUGAAAAUACUCUUCCAAAAUUGGAGGAGGAAAGUACUGAGAAACCUGAAAUAGGAAUUGUGCAAUUAGAGAUAGAUGCGAUUGCACUGACAAAAAAGUUGUCCCAGUAUACCACCUAUUUGAACAGUUGUUGUAAAGGCAUGGUAACAGCAAUGGCUCUGAAUCAAGCAGCACAUUCACAAAGUAAUCCUGCGAAGGAGCUUCAGGAGCUGGAUAGGAUGAAGAGUGAAUGUUAUGAGUGGAUCAACACUUGCACUCACCUCCUUUCUCAUAUCAAAGGCAGAAAAGUGAAUUUAUUGACGUCUGAAGAAAAAGAGAAACUACUUGAAGAAGAGGAAGAUAUAAAAGACUUCAUUGAGCCUGAAAUAGAGAAGCCUUCUAAGAGAAUGAAGAAGAAAGUAAAGAGAGAAAGGAAUCUCAGGAGGAAGUGGAAGAGGAAGAAGAGGAAGCAGAAGAGGAAGAAGAGAAAGCAGAAGAGAUCCCUUCAACAUCUGCAGAGAAGGAAGCAGUCAUUCGAUAUAUUGGGGAAGAUGAAAACGUCUAUUCCAAACCUCUAUUGGAAGUGUAUGCAUUGUAUUCCUGGAAAGAAGAAGCUGAGCAAGGUACAUUGGCUCAAAAGUAUCUUGAAGCAUUGGCUGUAAUUGAACAUAUGCAGGAGAAGUUAAAGGAGGUUGAGAGCAGAGCCAGACUGGCAGAGGAGAAAUUUGAGGAAGUACAUGAGAAGCUGCAUUACACCCU